GGGUUAGAUUCUGUAAUGUUUCUCUGUGUUAUUGUCUUGCUUCCAGACUGUGGUGUGAGUGUCGCGCCCACUAGGAGCCGUAUUGUAGGAGGCGACAUAGCGGUGAGCGGGGCUUGGCCCUGGCAAGUCAGUCUGCACUCCAACUACCAGCACCAGUGUGGAGGCUCCAUCAUCAGCCCUGAGUGGAUCAUCACUGCAGCCCACUGUGUAGAAACGCUAUCACAGCCCAGUCAGUGGACGGUGUAUGCUGGCUAUUUGAUCCAGAUACAGAUGGCUUAUGCCACUGGCAAUUCAGUGAGACGCAUCAUCUCUCAUGAAAAAUACGACAAGCAGACUAAGGAUAAUGACAUCGCUCUUAUGAAACUCAACACACCCCUCACUAUGUCAGAUAACGUGAGAGCAGUGUGUCUGCCCAACUUCGGAGUGAAUCUGACUCCCCAGCGAGAAGCCUGGAUCUCUGGAUGGGGGUCCAUUAGGAGUGGUGGGUUGGUGUCAGAAAACCUGCGUCAGGCCCGGAUCACCAUGUACAGCAGACACACAUGUAACGCACAGUUGGUGUACAAUGGACGCGUCACCACCUCUAUGAUCUGUGCUGGGACACUGGCAGGAGGAGUGGACUCAUGUCAGGGGGAUAGUGGAGGACCCAUGGUGACCAAGGAGGGUUCAUUAUGGUGGCUGGUAGGGGACACUAGCUGGGGUAUAGGUUGUGCUCUGAAGAACAAGCCAGGAAUCUAUGGCAAUGUCUCCCACUUCCUUCCCUGGAUAUAUGAACAAUUGCAGAAAAAUUGAUGGAGAUACCAAUGAUGAUGGCCUCUUUUGCUUAUCAAAAUCACCUGUCUGAAAUGUGGCUUCUGAAUAAAUGACAGGUACACUGCUUUCAGGAAUGAUUUUUGGUGCCUGUUGACUUAUAGGCAAAGGGUGGCUACAUUGAAGAAUCUAAAAUAUAUUUAGAUGUUUAACACUUUUUGGUUACUACAU